GCCCCACGGAGCGUGAAUCUAUUGAAUGUCUGAUAACCUGUCCAUAUAAAGCCGUUAGGAAGUCACCAUUUGCUGUUCGUAAUCAGCAAAAUGACAAAAUUUUCCCUGCUGGUCGUCAUAGUUACGAUCGCAAUCGGAUAUUACAACGUUGCCGAAUCUAUUGAUAUCGCCCAUUCUGACGACAAAGUCGACGACAAAACUGAGGAUGAUUCAUCAUCAGACCCAAACGACCCACGGAGAUCCGGAGCGUACGCUUAUGCUAAAAUGUCAGUCAGUAAACAACAACACUACGGACCAACGCCUAUGCUAGUAAGCCCUCCAAACGUCGGCAGAUCACUCCCAAAUGAGUACGGUUUCGUUGAAUGCUACACCUGCACGAAUUGUGAAACAGUCCUGCCAAAUACAACGACCAAAUGGUGCCCCAAAACGUUUGACAGGGGCAUCCGAACGGCCUGUGUAUCUUACGCUGAACAAUUUCGAUACAUGAAGAACACAUUUCACAUUCGCGGAUGUGCGUCGGAACGAGGAGCUUGUGCCGACAUUCGGGAGAACCAUAACAAGCACCAAGAAAUCGUAAAGUUGUUGUACUGUAAUGAGUGCGAAGGAAACAGAUGCAACGGAGCGGACCGGUCAUUCGUGGAUUUGUCGAUGGCGAUCAUCACCUUACUAAUAACCCCACUAGUUGCGAAGUGGACAAUGUCUUAGAAAAACAAUACUUUAAACUAACGAACAAAUUCCGGGACAGUAUACAUACUAUCUAGUUUGAAUGACAAACGCGUAUGUAAAUAUCGAUGGUAUAGGUACUUAUAAACCUAUACAAAGCAAGUCUCAUUGUCAAGUAUACUCCUUAAAUUAAUAGAAUAAAGCGGUUUUCU